AUGGUAACUAAUAAAGGCGAUUGUACAACAAAUUUGCAGGGUUUUAGCCAACACACACCGAUAACAGUAAAUGCAAAAGAUGGCACAGAAGCGAGCAAAAGUGAUGAGGUGACAAAUUUGAAAAGACUGAAUGAACAUUUACUGACUACAAUUACCAAUGAUAGAAAAGAAAUAGACGGGUUGAAAAACAAAUUGAGAUUGUGUGAUGAUGCCAAUAACAAAUUGCUUGAAACAGUGACGUCAGAUAAAAACAAGUGGAUUUCUUGUGAAAAGGAUAUGAAAGGUACAAUUUCAGAGUUAGAAUAUAAGCUCAAAGAAGCCAGAAAUUUGAGUGAGAAUCAUGAAAUGUUGUUCAGUCAAUUGGGACGAGAAAAAAGUCUGUUGGAAAAUAGGUUGAAAGAAAGUAGUGAUGUAAUUCAGGAAUUACAAGGGCUUAAAAGUGAGCUUGAUCAAACAAAACAAUUGAGUGAGAAUCUUGGAAAAUUGUGUGCUCAAUUAGGGAAGGAAAAAAAUGAGCUGGAAACUAAUUUGAAAAAAUCCAAUGAUGUGAUUAAGGAAUUACAAAAUAAAGUGACCGAGGAUAGGAGCUUGUGGGAUGCUUCCAAAACAAAAUUGGAAGGAACAAUUGUGGAGGUAGAAAAUAAGCUUGAUUCUGUAGUGCAGGAAAGAAAUGUAUUGAGUCAGAAACAUAAGGACUUAUGCGGUAGCUACAGAAAUGAAAAAAAAGGGUGGAAAAAAUGCAAUGGUGGUGCUAAUAUGAAAUUAAAAGCAAAGAUGACUGAGAAUCAGGGAUUGUGGGAUUCAUAUAGGGUGAAUUUGGAAGGAAAAGUCGCGGAGCUGCAGAAUGAGAUGACAAAUUCGAAAAGCCUGAAUGAACGUUUACUGACUACAAUCACCAAUGAUAGAAAAGAAAUAGAUGGGUUGAAAAACAAAUUGAUAAUGUGUGAUGAUGCCAAUAACAAAUUGCUUGAAACAAUCACUUCAGAUAAAAACAUGUGGAUUUCUUAUGAGAAAAAGAUGAAAAGUACAAUUUCAGAGUUAGGGCAGGGAAAAAACGAGCUGGAAAAUGAUUUGAAAAAAUCCAAUGAUGUGAUUAGGGAGUUACAAGAUAAAAUGACUGAAGAUAGGAGCUUGUGGGAUGCUUCCAAGACAAAACUGGAAGCGACAAUUGUGGAGGUACAAACUAAGCUUGACACUGUAGUGAAGGAAAGAAAUGAAUUGAGCCAGAAACAUGAGGACUUGUACACUAGCUACAGAAAUGACAAAAAUGAAUUGAAAAAAUGCAAUGAUGGUGCUAUGAAAUUAAGAGCAAAGAUGGCUGAGGAUAAGGGAUUGUGGGAUUCAUGUAGGGCGAAUUUGAAAGGAAAAGUUGCACAGCUGCAAAAUGAGAUCCUUGACGAAAGAAAAUCUAGCCAGAAACACCAAGAAUUGUUGACUAAAUUGAGGCAAGAAAAAAUUGAGAUGGAAAAUAAGUUCAUAAAAAUCAAUGAUACUACUAAGAAAUUGAAUGCAAAGAUUACUGAAGAUAAGCUGUUGUGGGAUUCUUGUCAGGAGAAGUUGGAAAAACAGGUUUCAGAGCUACAAAAUGAGCUUAAUGAAGCAAGGGUAUUCAGCCAAGGACGUGAAGAACUGUGCAGUGAGCUGAGACGAGCAAAAACUGAUUUGGAAGAAAAAGUUUUACAGCUCGAAGGUGAUCUUAAUGAAGCAAGAAUUUUGAUUAAGAAACAUGAAGAAUUGCGCUCUGAAUUAAUGAAAGAAAAGAACGAAAUGCAAAAUAAGGUAACAGAAUGCAAUGAUGAGACUGAAGAAUUGAAGGCAAAAUUGGCUGAACGUGGGUUCUUGUGGGAUUCUUCUGAGACAGAGUUGGAAGCCACUGUUGCAGGGCUGCAAAAUGAGCUCAAAGAAACAAGAUUGUUGAGCCUGAAACAUGAAGAAGCAUGCAUUCAACUAAGGCAUGAGAAAACAAAAUUGGAAGACGAGUUGAAAGACUUGGAUGAUACGAAUGAGGAAUUACAUGCCAAAAUGACUGAAAACGGUUGGCUUUGGGAUACUUGUAAGGCGAAUUUAGAAGGUACAGCAAUAAAGCUGCAGAAAAAGCUUAAUGAAACAAAGAUUCUGGCCCACAAUAAUCAAGUCUUAUACAAUGAAAUAAGUAGAGAAAAAAGAGAGAUGGAAACUAAUUUUCAUCAAUCCAUCAAUGAAGCUAAACAAUUAAAGGAUAAAAUAGCUGAAGAAGGGCACUUGUGGGAUAUAUCUAAGCGAGAAUUUGAAGUUACAUUUGCAAAACUGCAAAAUGAGCUUAAUGAAGCGAGAAUGUUAAGCCAGAAGCAUGAAGAUUCGUGGUCUCAGUCAGAACAGGAAAAAACUGAGUUGGAAAAUAAUUUUAAUCAAUCUAUUAAUGAAAUUCAGCAAUUAAAGGAAAAAUUGGCUGAAGAUAGGCACAAGUGGGAUAGUUAUAAGAGAGAAUUUGAAAUUACAAUUGCAAAACUGCAAAAUGAGCUCAACGAAGCGAGGAUGCUAAGCCAGAAGCAUGAAGAUUUGUGGUCUCAAUCAGAACAAGAAAAAAAUGAUUUGGAAAAGACUCUUAUAGGGCUACAAAAUGAAGUUGAUGAAACAAAGAUUUUGACAGUGAAAGACCAAGAGCUGUGUAAGGUGCUCAGAGAAGAAAACAAUCGGAUAGGAAAUAAGUUGAAACAAUGCAAUGACAGUAUUGGGAAAUUAAAUACAAAAAUUAAAGAAGACCAGCUAUUGUGGGUUUGUAAUAAGGAGGAUUUGGAAAGCAGAGUUGCAGUUGUGCAGUAUGAGAAAGAGACAUUGAUCCAGGAAUAUAAAGCUCUGUGGGCCCAUUUAAGAGAUGAAAAAUAUGAGUUGGAAGAAAAACUGAAAGAAUGCAACGAUAGGAAUAAGGAAUUGCAUGCACAGAUGAGAGAAGAUUGCCGCUUGUGGGAAGCUUGUAAGGCAAAAUUUGAAAACUCUGCUGCAAGGCUACAAAAUAAUUUUAAUAAAUCCAUUAAUGAAAUUAAACAAUUAAAGGAAAAAUUGGCUGAAGAUAAGCACAUGUGGAAUACUUCUAAGGGAGAAUUUGAAGUUACAAUUGCAAAACUGCAAAAUGAGCUUAAUGAAGCGAGAAUGUUAAGCCAUAAGCAUGAGGAUUUGUGCUCCCAAUCAGAACAUGAAAAAUAUGAGUUGGAAAAGUCUUUUAUACGGCUACAAAAUAAGCUUGAUGAAACAAACAUUUUGAGAGAGAAAGACCAAGAAUUGUGUAAUGUGCUAAGAGAAGAGAAUAAUUGGUUAGGAAAUAAGUUGAAAGACUGCAAUGAUAGGAUUGCGGAAUUAAAUAAAAAAAUUGAAGAAGACGAGAGGUUGUGGGUUACUAAUAAGUCUGAUUUGGAAAGAAAAGUUGCAGGUCUGCAGUCUGAGAAAGGGGUAUUGAGCAAGGAAUAUAAACUUCUGUGGGCCCAUUUAACAGAUGAAAAAGAUGAGUUGGAAAACAAACUGAGAGAAUGCAAAGAUACGAAUAUGGAAUUGCAUGCACAGAUGAGAGAAGAUUGCCGCUUGUGGGAAGCUUGUAAGGCACAGCUGGGAGAUUAUAAUGAUAUACUAAGCUCUAUGGAAGAUGAAACAAGGAGUCUAAUCUCUCUCUCAGAGAGCAAUGCAAACACAGUGGAGGCCUUGCAAACUCAAGUGCGAAUGAUCACCCAUGAACAUACACAUUUGAGCAUGAAAUAUGAAGAACUUACAAAUGAAAAUGAAUCUCAGAAAUUGAAAUUGGAAAAUUAUAAUCAUAGGUUUGAUUCAGUGAAAAAUGAGAGGAACUCACUUAGAUCUACGUCAGAAAGUAGGGAGGAGGCUUUGCUCCAAGAAAAUGGUUCAUUGAAACAACAAGUCCAUGAGCUUCAAAGCAAGUUGGAAACCAGUGAUAAAGUGAUGGAAGAUCCGGUUAUAGAGAACAGAACAGUGAAACGAGAAGCCCUUCAACUUUAUCAAGAAAACCAACAAUUACAAAAGGACAUAUCUAGUAAAAAGUCAUUAAUUCAAACAAAAGAUGGAAAUAUUACAGAAUUGAAUGCAAAAAAGAUUAAACUUAAGAAUGCUGUCGAAGUGUUGGAAGAGAUUGGAAGAAAAAAUACCCAAGUACUGAAAGAAUAUGGAGGUAUAAGGGAAGAGCAAGUGACGAGAAAGGAAAGUGAGGAGAAAAGGAAGGAGGGCAGUGGGAGGGUUUCACAUCGAAACCAAACAGCCUUUAUUGGUAAUUUGAUGUCUUGCAUUCAUCUAGAUAUUGAGAAGUCUGACAUAAAAUAUGAAAUAUUGAAGAUAAUGUUACAAAAUCAAUUGAAA